AUGAUCCAGCUCAAACCAUCCACGCUCACCCUUGCCCUCUCUCUAUUCGUUUCUUCCACCCUUGCAAAGGAUGGCGAGCUCUCCUCCAGCCUUGUAGGCUGCAACGAGGUCUCAUGUCCCAAGAAAGGUCCUGAUGACCGCUGCACAGUGGGAGACAAUACCUUCCUUGGCAUCGGACUAUCCCGCAUCCCCGAUGUUCCCUCGUCUCUUGAGGGUUUCUCCCUCGUGAAAGGUGUAAAUGUGUCUGCUGCGAUGGCCGGCAAGGACAACGACAAGGCCACACGCCCUUUCAAGUCGUUUUAUUACCUCGGCACACCCUCGGGCGUAGAAACCAAGGACUUUUCCGGCUGUGUUGUCGUUUUCCAGGAUGCCCCGUCCAAGAAAUUCGACGGGCCAGAACUGGAAGGCAAUCACAAUGGAACUGAUGUCCGCGCUGCGAGCGGUACCUGUUCCGAUGUCAUUGACAAGUCAUGCAUCGAAAAACUCACAGAGAAGGCAACGAAAUUAGCCGAAGAGGCUGAUGGAAAUGUCUGCACGACGCUUGAGCAAGAAUUGAAAAAGACUUCUCUCGAUGAGUGCGAUGGAUUCGCAGGUACAGGUGGCAAGCUUGGGAAUUUCACUGUCAAGUCGCUCGGUGAUCUCGAUGCGGUUAAGAAUUCCUCGGGCUGCUGGCCUAUUCAGCCCAAGUCUGAUCAGCUGAUGGAGAUUGCGAGUGUCACUGCUCUGAAAAACUACUCAGCACAGGCCCUUCUUGACGAGGCCUAUAAGAUUACACCGGUCCUCACCGUCUUCACUGGGAAGGGCAACAGCAGUCUCGUCUACAAAACCUCUUCUCAGCUGACAUGUUUGAAAGUCGUCACUGAAGAGGAUCCUAGUAGUGACAAGGAUGGUAGUGAGAAUAUUGCGGUGGCCGUCAAGGCAAGCGGGUUUGCUGCUGGCAUUGCGGUACUAGCUGGAAUCUUUGCAUUGCUGUAG